UUUGGCUAUUAACUGUGGAGGUGAAUCAUGGAAUGCUUCUAGCCCAUCCAUCAAUUAUGAAGCAGAUGAAAAUCCAUUAGGUGCUUCAUCAUUCUUCCUGAGUCCUGAAAAAAAAUGGGCAGUCAGUAACACAGGACACUUUAUGGAUAAUUCAAGCCAAACAACAUUACUAAAGAAAAAGCUCUAUCCGUGGUUUAAUACAAGAAAUAGUACAAUCUACAAGACAGCACGGUCUUCUCCUACUUCCUUGAGAUGCUAUGGAUUGUGCCUUCACAAUGGACCAUAUAAAGUACAACUCCACUUUGCUGAGAUAGAAUUUUCCAGUGACAAAUCAUUUUCAAGUCUUGGAAGGCGCAUCUUUGAUGUCUAUAUUCAGGGAACUAGGAAGUUGAAAAAUUUCAACAUUGAAGAAGCUGCUGGAGGCUCUGAAAAGGGAGUUGUAAAAAAUUUCCACGUGAAUGUGACUAAAAACUACUUGGAGAUUCACUUUUUAUGGGCUGGAAGGGGAACAUAUAAUGUGCCAGAGGAGGGGACAUAUGGACCUCUGGUAUCAGCGAUUGUAAUUACUCCUGAAUUUACUGUUGAUAAAAGUAACAGAAUUCCUAUGAUUAUUGGCAUAGUUUUCGGGGUUUUAAUUUCUUUAGGCUUGGCAUUGUGCUUGUCAUUCAUCUUUAUUAAGAAAAGAAAAGGAAUCAAUAAUGAAUUGAAGGACGCUCAUCUGAGUAAAGAAUUGACAAAUAUGAAAGCAAUUUCCAAUCAUUUCAGUCUAGAAGAGAUAAGAAAUGCCACAAGUGAUUUUCAUUCCGAGAAUAAGAUAGGAGAAGGCGGGUUUGGUGUUGUUUUCAAGGUAAUCCUCCCAGAUGGAAAAAUGGUGGCAGUAAAGCAGAUGUUUUCCAAAUCAACACAAGGGAAUCGUGAAUUCCUAAAUGAAGUAGCUAUGAUCUCUGCAGUGCAGCAUCCCAAUCUGGUGAAAUUGUAUGGUUGUUGUAUUGAAGGAAAACAGCUGCUCCUGGUAUAUGAAUACGUGGUGAACAACAGUCUAGCUCGUGUUUUAUUUGGUCCUCAAGAAUUCAGGCUUAAUCUCAAUUGGCGUGCACGAUAUAAUAUUUGCCUUGGAGUUGCACGUGGUUUGGCAUAUCUACAUGAAGAAUCUAGACUGAGAAUCAUACAUCGAGACAUCAAAUCUACAAACAUCCUCUUAGAUCAAGGUCUGAAUCCAAAAAUAUCAGAUUUUGGCUUGGCAAAGUUAUUUGACCGGGAGAAAACUCAUGUCAGCACCAGGGUGGCGGGAACAAUUGGGUAUACGGCUCCCGAAUAUGCUUUAAAAGGUCAACUCACAGAGAAGGCAGAUGUAUACAGCUUUGGAAUAGUUGUCCUUGAAGUUGUAAGUGGUAGAGUACACACGGAAAAAAACUUGCAGGGAGAGAUGUCUUAUCUAACGGAAUGGACUUGGAAUUUGUAUGGAGAGGACAGACAACUUGAUUUGGUCGAUGUGAAUGUUAAAAGUUCCAGCUACUCUGAAGAGGAAUUUUUAAGGAUGAUCAACAUGGGCCUUUUAUGCAUCCAAGUGAAUCCUACACUGCGACCAUCAAUGUCAACCAUUGUUGAUAUGCUGGAGGCAAAAGUAGAUGUCAAUGUUUCAAAUUGCCAACCUCCAUAUCUCAGCUCUAAGCAGUCCGAUUUCCUUGCAGAAGAGAAACCAUUGUCUCAUGGUAGUAGCUUGGAGGGACCAUUGAAAGGAAGCUUCUCUUACCAAGAAAGCUCUGUUGUCCAACAAGAAAUAGAUGAUGAUAAUGAUGAGAACAGCCUGAUAUUAAAUCAAGCCUCUGCUGACUUGUACCCAGUUUCAAUAUCUGAGCUCCCUCCAUCACAAUCUCAUAUGUAAAGGGUGCUUUUAUCAUGAUGAAUGGAAGUAACAGAUUUUCGUAUA